UGGGCCUCCCGGGCAGCAUGUGGGUGUGGGAAGAGGCAAGCAGCCACAGCUGCAGGGCAACGAGGCGGAGGAAGCCGCUGGGCUGCGCCUGCACUCGGUGCGUUGCCCCUUUAAUUGUGUCCCCAGCCCUCGGGCGUCUGUGUCCAACGCCCACGUCAGCAAAUACCUUUUGUUUCUCUCACGUUCGGGCUUUCGGGGCUGCGGGAGCACCGCGUCGCCUUCAGCCACCGAGGACCCCGCAUCCUCCGCCCGCUCCCCUGGUCUCGGCGGCAGCCGCCCGCAGGACGCAGCCGAGCCACCCUUCCCCUGACCCCCUGCCAGGAAUGGAGAUUUCCACCCAUCAGUGUCACCUCCUGGAGCAGCUGAACGAGCAGCGUAAGCAGGACCUGUUCUGUGACUGCAAUAUCCUGGUCGAGGGAAAGGUGUUUAAAGCCCAUCGCAAUGUGCUGUUUGCCAGCAGCGGCUAUUUCAAAAUGCUCCUCUCGCAGAGCUCGAAGGAGACGAGCCAGCCCACCACGGCCACUUUUGAGGUCUUCUCCCCAGAGACAUUUAUGGUUAUCCUGGACUUUGUGUAUUCAGGCAUAUUGUCCUUAACGGGUCAGAAUGUGAUCGAAGUCAUGUCAGCAGCCAGCUACCUGCAGAUGACAGAUAUCCUUAAUGUCUGCAAGACAUUCAUUAAGUCCUCGCUGGAUAUCAAUGAAAAGGAGAAGGAUCAUUACCUCAGCCUUUCCGCCAAAGGGCCGAGCAGCGAACCUCCUCAUCCUCCUCUGUAUCGGUCGAGGAGGAAAGCGAAGAGCAACCCCAGGCGUUCCUGUUCGGCCCCGGAUGAAAAGCCCGAUGCGGCGAACGAGAAUUCCUGGAGCAGCUACAGCAGCUUCCUCUCCUCACAGGCGAUUCUUCAGCGGGCAGAAACGCAGCUGUCGAAACGAGGCAGAAAGCAGGGCUCAGCCAGAAAGCGCCGGAAGCACCUGGGACUGUCCCAGGCCCGUGACACAAAAGCGGAGCGGGCUGGUGGCGGUGGCAGCGCGGCAGAGCCCAGCCCCAGAGCUCGGGUCGGCUUCGAUGCUGAGAAUGAUGUUGGUCACGAGGGUUACAGACACCAUCCCAAAUCAGAGGUGGUACCGAAGAGGUGGUCUGUUGCUCAGCUAGAACAAGAACUGUCAAAGACUCCAGAGUUCGUGGAGUUAAAGGCAGAGGAACUGUACACUUCAAUGCCCACAAUUUUAGGUGUGAUGAGUAGUUGGAACGAAGCAGAUGACCUACCUCGGAUGCGAUUCAAGUGCCCGUUCUGCACGCACACGGUGAAGCGCCGCGCGGACCUGAAGCGUCACCUGCGCUGUCACACCGGGGAGCGGCCGUACCCCUGCGACGCCUGCGGGAAACGGUUCACCCGCCUGGAGCACCUCCGCAACCACUUCCAAACCAUCCAUCAGGCUGGCAAACUGAUCUGCAGGAAAUGCAAGCAGCACGUCACGGAACUAACAGGAUGUAUUGUUCAGCAAGGGACACGACGCUACAGACUGUGCCAUAAGUGUCUAGCAGAAGCUAAUUUUGACAGCAUCCCUGAUGAUUUAGAUGCAGAACAUUCUCCUGUCUCCUCCACAGGAAACAAACAUUCUAAAUGGGCUUUGGAGGAGGAACAGAAAUCAGAUGAAGAGACAAUUGAGGAGGAACCGUAUAAUUUGGUUGUCCGACAUGCUAAUGAUGAUAUUCCAGAUGAGGCAGAUGAAAAGGUGAAACCAAAUCUGAGGUAGAUAUACUUGUGUAUUUGUUACUGUUGUAUUCAAGAUUAAAUUACUUGUGUCCUACCAACUAAUGCUGGUUUAUUACUUUCAUUAAAAGUAGAUAUUGCUAAAAUUCUAUUAGGAGAAGCAAGACACAGACUGCAAAGUUGUUUUGUGCUUGCAGCCAUGCAACAAGGUAACAGCUACUAAAUAUCACCUAGAAAGCACUUAUUAUCUGGAAACUAUUUCUAGGAAUUGGUUUCUAUUUCAUCAAAUACUCGUACUGUGAAUUUUAAAGGAAGAUACACUAACAUGACU